AUGGCGCUGUCCUGUAGAGGGGUAUGCAGCGGGGCUUCAUUGAUCUUACUGUACGGAAAACGACCUGUCGGGGUCAAAGCAAGUCUCUGCACACCGAGACUGGCUUCCACAAAAUCCAGUAGUUUGUGGUUUGUUAGACACUACUCUCCUUCACAAGCCAGGCAUGGGAUUGGUCGAAGCGUUGUGUCCGGUCUGAAAUGGGCCAAUGAGAAAUAUGAGAGAUUCCUGCAACGUCGCUUUCCAAGAUUUUACGUCAUUUAUCACACUUUUAUGAGAGGUUUCCGGCUCCUGUUUCAAGAUGGUAAAGAAUUGAGAAGAAUCGUAGCCCGCAUGCUCAGUGAAAGAAUAGAGCACCAGAAUUUGCCUUACCGUGAUAUGGAGAAAAUCAGGCUGGUCCGCAGGGACUUAAUCAAAGCCAUUCCAUUGGUCAUCUUAUCAAUACCUCCUUUUGCCAACUAUGUGGUCUUCAUCCUUAUGUACCUCUAUCCUCGUCAGCUUCUGAUCCGGCACUUCUGGACCCCACAGCAGUUGGUGGAGUUUCAGGGGGUGUAUCAUGCUCAGAGAGCCCAGCACCACUGGGCUAUAGUCAAAGGGAUGGAGAACACGUCAACAUCAGUCCAAGACAGCCGACUCAAAAGCCGCCUUACAGAGCUCUGCAGUAAGGUCCGAAGUGGAGUCCAUCCUGUGGUGUCUGAUGUCCAUGCAGUGAGAACUUUGUUCUCUGGACCUCCCUUGGGUAUCAAGAGAAUGUAUGCAAAUCAGAUGAGACACCUCUGUGCAUUGCUCUUUCUGACGCCCCGCCUCCCAGGCUUCUGGAUUGGUCGACGCUUGAACAGCCACGCCUUUGAACUCAUGCAGCUUGACCGUGCCAUUGUUCGAUUAGGCUUGCAUCAGUUAAACGACGCAGAGCUCAGAGAGGCAUGUUACGUGAGAGGGCUGAAUCCAGACCGCCUGAGUCCAGGGCAGUGCCGGGAAUGGCUCACACAGUGGUUGCAGUUCUCAACACACCUCAAAGAGUCCGAGACCUCCCUCUAUCUGCACUGUAUGGUACUGCUAACUGUAAACUUCCCUAAACACCCAAGUCACUGACCUCUGGAGGAAGUAAAUGACUUCUCUUCUAAACCAUUCACUGAUCAUCCACCACCACACCCAAAGGCAAAACACCGCGGGAACAAACAGACUCAUGUAUGCAAAUCCAAACAGCGCAACACAAGCUUUUUUACCAUGAGUCUUUAGGCUUAGUUGCAUUUUACUUUAUGAAGGGAAUUUUUUUCCGGUUUAUGCAGGAAUUAUUCUUUAAAGGGGCUGUCAUGCUUUAAAUGUUUUUCUUGGAGAUCUAUCCAAUUUUGUUUACUUCAGCAAGGAACAGAUAGGAGGGACAUGGUCACUGAAAGAUGUCAUCGGGAUUAUGGAAUUUGUCUAAUAAUUUCAUAAUCCCCCCCCCCGCCUAACCACAUCUGAGACAAAAAGCACACUGAACAUCUGCCAAAUGCAUCCAUUUGGAAUUAAAGCUCAUUGGUCUUAUAAUGAACAUUUUCAUUCUGAAUAUUUAUUCUACUAACAGCAGUUGUUCAUGCACAGUCAUUUGUGAAUUGCAUUUUGUACCUUUGUUUAAAACCUGCACUGACAAGUAUCACCUAUCACAUUAAUUUGUCUAGUUUCUCUCUCAGAUUGUUUAAAAUGUUUUAUUAUAGAAACCCAUUUUUUAUGUUUUAAAUCUGAUGUCAAAACUGAAAAGAGGUUUACAGCCUUUAAAAACACUGAAGUGUGAUAAAGUGUAUUCCUUAAUAUAUUAUUAAGAUAUGUUCUAUAAUGCAGCAUAUACUUAAUUUAAUUACAUUUGUUAUUUAUUUUUGAGUUCUAAAGACUACAUAAAUAAUAUUGCACCUUGUUCCUGUCCUAUCCAAUAAGAAGAUGUUUGCUGUGAGCACUAGGCUGUUUGGUCAUAGCAUUUAUGUUAUGCUAAAUGAGUCUUGUCAAGUUCUGAAAUAACUUGAUCUUCUUAUUCAGCCUUUUAACAGGUGCCUUUUACUUAAGAACACAGGUACAAAUGAGGUGCAGUUCAUGCAGUUAUCUUUAUAUGUUGCCAAAUGUGUUGCUUUAUUUUGUUUUUAUAUAAAGAGACAAUGCUGUUUGGUUCGGUGUUAAAGUACAUAGUUAAUGCAGUAUGAAAAGAUUGGAACUUCUAUUAAAAGACUUCAAACUUUAUGGUCUCUGUUUCAAGGUAGCACUGAUUCACCAACACCACAGUAGUAAGCUGAAAUAACUAAAUAUUUAAGUUCAUUAUAUUUAAGACAAGGACAAACUUGUUUAGAACAUUUUAUUCCUUCUUUUUUGACACAAAUGUUCUAUAAAUGUAUAAAAUUUGGCAUAUCAGUAAUAAUUGAUUGUUGUCUUGUAACCCAAAGGAAUGUCACUGCAGUAAAGAUCAAGUUUAAAACCAUGUCUAAAGU